AACAGCCGGCUGCCUGCCGGGAGCCAAAACGAAAGCACUCCGUGCUGGAAGUAGGAGGAGAGUCGGGACUCCCAGGACAGGGAGUGCACAAACUAUCCAGCACAGCCCCCUCUGCCCCCUCUGGAGGCUGAAGAGGGAUUCCAGCCCCUGCCACCCACAGACACGGGCUGACUGGGGUGUCUGCCCCCCUUGGGGGGGCAGCACAGGGCCUCAGGCCUGGGUGCCGCCUGGCACCUAGAAGAUGCCUGUGCCCUGGUUCUUGCUGUCCUUGGCACUGGGCCGAAGCCCAGUGGUCCUUUCUCUGGAGAGGCUUGUGGGGCCUCAGGACGCUACCCACUGCUCUCCGGGCCUCUCCUGCCACCUCUGGGGCAGUGACAUACUCUGCCUGCCUGGGGACAUCAUGCCUGCUCCAGGCCCCGUGCUGGCGCCUACGCACCUGCAGACAGAGCUGGUGCUGAGGUGCCCCAAGGAGACCGACUGUGACCUCUGUGUGCGUGUGGCUGUCCACUUGGCCGUGCAUGGGCACUGGGAAGAGCCUGAAGAUGAGGAAAAGUUUGGAGGAGCAGCUGACCCAGGGGAGGAGGAGCCUAGGAAUGCCUCUCUCCAGGCCCAAGUCGUGCUCUCCUUCCAGGCCUACCCUACUGCCCGCUGCGUCCUGCUGGAGGUGCAAGUGCCUGCUGCCCUUGUGCAGUUUGGUCAGUCUGUGGGCUCUGUGGUAUAUGACUGCUUCGAGGCUGCCCUAGGGAGUGAGGUACGAAUCUGGUCCUAUACUCAGCCCAGGUACGAGAAGGAACUCAACCUCACACAGCAGCUGCCUGACUGCAGGGGGCUCGAAGUCCGGAACAGCAUCCCGAGCUGCUGGGCCCUGCCCUGGCUCAAUGUGUCAGCAGAUGGUGACAACGUGCAUCUGGUUCUGAAUGUCUCUGAAGAGCAGCACUUCGGCCUCUCCCUGUACUGGAAUCAGGUCCAGGGCCCCCCAAAACCCCGGUGGCACAAAAACCUGACUGGACCGCAGAUCAUUACCUUGAACCACACAGACCUGGUUCCCUGCCUCUGUAUUCAGGUGUGGCCUCUGGAACCUGACUCUGUUAGGACGAAUAUCUGCCCCUUCAGGGAGGACCCCCGCGCACACCGGAACCUCUGGCGAGCCGCCCGACUGCGACUGCUGACCCUGCAGAGCUGGCUGCUGGACGCACCGUGCUCGCUGCCCGCAGAAGCGGCACUGUGCUGGCGGGCUCUGGGUGGGGACCCCUGCCAGCCACUGGUCCCACCGCUUUCCUGGGAGAAUGUCACUGUGGACGUAAGUGAAGCAGAGGGCACCUCCCAUGGUGAGGGGAGAGUGGGGAACCGGGGGCCCCCUUUUGUGAUCCCACCCAUUCCUCUCUUUCCACAGAAGGUUCUCGAGUUUCCAUUGCUGAAAGGCCACCCUAACCUCUGUGUUCAGGUGAACAGCUGGAAGAAGCUGCAGCUACAGGAGUGCUUGUGGGCUGACUCCCUGGGGCCUCUCAAAGACGAUGUGCUACUGUUGGAGACACGAGACCCCCAGGACAACAGAUCCCUCUGUGCCUUGGAACCCAGUGGCUGUACUUCACUACCCAGCAAAGCCUCCACGAGGGCAGCUCGCCUUGGAGAGUACUUACUACAAGACCUGCAGUCAGGCCAGUGUCUGCAGCUAUGGGAUGAUGACUUGGGAGCGCUAUGGGCCUGCCCCAUGGACAAAUACAUCCACAAGCGCUGGGCCCUCGUGUGGCUGGCCUGCCUACUCUUUGCCGCUGCGCUUUCCCUCAUCCUCCUUCUCAAAAAGGAUCACGCGAAAGCGGCCGCCGGGGGCCGCGCGGCUCUGCUCCUCUACUCAGCCGAUGACUCGGGCUUCGAGCGCCUGGUGGGCGCCCUGGCGUCGGCGCUGUGCCAGCUGCCGCUGCGCGUGGCCGUAGACCUGUGGAGCCGUCGUGAACUGAGUGCGCAGGGGCCCGUGGCUUGGUUCCACGCGCAGCGGCGCCAGACCCUGCAGGAGGGCGGCGUGGUGGUCUUGCUCUUCUCGCCCGGUGCGGUGGCGCUGUGCAGCGAGUGGCUACAGGACGGGGUGUCCGAGCCCGGGGCGCACGGCCCGCACGACGCCUUCCGCGCCUCGCUCAGCUGCGUGCUGCCCGACUUCUUGCAGGGCCGGGCGCCCGGCCGCUACGUGGGGGCCUGCUUCGACAGGCUGCUCCACCCGGACGCCGUACCCGCCCUUUUCCGCACCGUGCCCGUCUUCACACUGCCCUCCCAACUGCCGGACUUCCUGGCGGCCCUGCAGCAGCCCCGCGCCCCGCGUUCCGGGCGGCUCCAAGAGAGAGCGGAGCAAGUGUCCCGGGCCCUUCAGCCAGCCCUGGAGAGCUACUUCCAUUCCCCGGGGACUCCCGCGCCGGGACGCGGGGUGGGAGCUGGGGCUGGGGACGGGACUUAAAUAAAGGCAGACGCUGUUUUUCUACC